AUGGUAGCCACUUUGAAUCCGGUCAACCACUGUCACCAACUGCUCUCAGCUGCUAAGCACAACCACGCCUGCCGCCUUGUAAUAACCGCUUCUUUCAACGAGGUUGCCAUUAACGAUGGUGAUAAGAGAUCAAACAAGUCAACUCGCUUAGCGAAAUCGAUCUCAAACCUCUUGAAUCUGUAUAUCGAAAAGCCAUCGCUCAAAAACUUUCUCCACCGUAAUGACUGGAACGUUGUUGCUCAGGCGGAGGCGAAGCUGGAGUUGCCGACGACGUCACCGAAGGAAGACAUUUCGAGUAUAUGGCGCGACAUCCACGGUUGUUCCGAUUGGGAAAACCUCCUUGAUCCGCUUCAUCCUUUUGUUCGUAGAGAGUUGAUUAAAUAUGGCGAGUUUUCUCAGGCGACAUACGACGCUUUUGAUUUUGAUUCGUUCUCGGAGUAUUGUGGAAGCUGUCUGUUUAAUCGCCGGAAGUUUUUCGAAAAAUUAGGGCUCACGAAACAUGGUUAUGAUGUGAGAAAAUACAUUUACGCCAUGUCGCAAUUUGAAAUCCCUAGAUGGCUUGAGAAAUCAUACGUGACUGAUACAUGGAGUAAGGAUUCCAAUUGGAUGGGUUACAUUGCUGUGAGUAAUGAUCUGGAAUCGAAGACGAUCGGAAGAAGAGACAUCGUGGUGGCGUGGCGUGGCACUGUGCUUCCUUCCGAAUGGUAUGAAGAUAUGCAACGAGAUCUCGAGCCAUUAGGGCACGGAGAAGCGAAGGUGGAGCGAGGGUUUCUGAGUAUCUACAAAUCGAAGCGUAUGUCAACACGAUACAACAAAACCAGUGCAUCGGAGCAAGUAAUUGAAGAGAUAAAGCGAUUAACGAAGUUCUACAAAUCAACCGGCGAACAAGUGAGUCUCACGAUCACCGGCCACAGCCUGGGCGGCGCGUUAGCUUUACUGAACGCGUACGACGCCGCCAUGACGUUUCCAACUCUUCCGAUAAGCGUGAUCUCCUUCGGUGCACCUAGAGUCGGAAACAUCGCAUUCAGGGAUGAACUCCACCACAGAGGCGUCAAAGCACUACGGAUCACAAUCAAACAAGAUCUAGUCCCUCGAAUGCCAGGUAUCGUCUUCAAUGAAACUUUACAAAAAUUCGACGAUUUGACAGGUACCCUUGAUUGGGUUUACCACCAUGUUGGAGCAGAGUUGAAGCUUGAUGCAAGAGCUUCACCUUUUCUGAAACGUGGGUCGAAUUUCAUCGGUGUUCAUCAUCCUGAGACGUAUUUGCAUCUUGUUGAUGGAUUUGUGAGUAGCAAUUCGAGUUUUCGAUCGGAUGCUAAACGGGAUUUGGCACUUGUGAAUAAGUAUUGUGAUAUGCUUGUAAAUGAGCUUAGAAUUCCUGCAUAUUGGUAUCAAUUGAGGAACAAAGGGUUGGUUUCGAAUGAAUUUGGGAGAUGGAUUAGACCUAAAAGGGAAAAUGAAGACGUACCUUCACCUAUUGAAGAAGAAGAAAAUUAUGAUCUGUAG